CGGGCGCGUCGCUGGCCGUCGCCGGUAACGACGGGCCGAUUGAGUAAACCCACCUGUGCUCAGCCUGAGAAGUAACGCGACCUGUGAACACCCGGUUUACUGUCAGACAACACGCCCAGGCCCUGAACCACGAACCCCCCUGGCAAUAGAAGGGCCCGGACCGAGUCGACUGGUGGAAGGUCAAAGGUCAGUCGGCCAAAGGAAUGAGGCAGAGCUUUUAUUCUGAGGGUCUGUCAUUUCCCAAAGAUUUCCUCGGAGUUUCCUUUGGCAAAAAUGUGAAGUUUGUCUACGGGAAAGCAAACGACUCGGCAAACGCUACGAAUAAAGUUUCCUAAAAUCAAAAGUACGAAUCUAGGUUUAAAUGGAGCUUUUAUCUCUAUAAUUAGCACCAAGUGACACAGUUGCUCUCGGGAAACUUCCCGGGAAGUUAAGGCUCUGAAGUCAUGUCGUCCUGGUAACCUCCUCCUAUACUUGGGCAGAUCUUCUCAGCUGAUCAGAAAAUGUUUUGUCUGUCAAACGUUUUAAUUCGCUGAGCAUUUGCCGUCAGGCCAAAGUCCUCACUCGCACAAAAUGGACGUCAGUUUUGUGAUCUUGCUUUCAGAGGCACGUUCAGGUUCGGGGGGGCCCCUAGGGCGCAACCGGGCCCCCGUGAGACCCCCUCGCUCUGCCACUCCGUGCAGCCUGCUCAGCUUUUCUACGCAGGAGAAGGACCUAGCUCCCGGGUUGCGGAUGAGUGGAGGAGUCCAGCAAACGUUGUUCUUCCUCGGGCUUCCGGACCUGAAGAAGCUGGUCUGCAUCAGUCUGACUCUACAGGAGGAGGACGGAGAGCCGAGGAGCGAACAGAUCAAGACCUGCAGAGAGCUGGUGCUGCUGUACUCUGAUAUACUGGCCUCUCCUGCCCUGGACUCCUUCACUAAUAUCACAGUGAUCAUGGCUAUCCCAUUUUUCCAGAAAGGCGUCCUCCGGGCGUUUGGACAGAGACGCCGUCUGCAGCUGGGCUCUCCUCAGUGUGUGUUUCCAGGUGACCUCCAGUGUUGUCUGUCCUACUCUCUGAUCACCAGACUGGCUCCCAGCUGGAACAAAGCAGGACUCUACCUCAUCUCUGGAAAGGACUUUCUGACUGAGGGGGGGAGGCUGAACGCUGUCAGCAUGGAGCUGAGCACCAGUGAGGGCCAACUGUGCAUCAGCAUUGAAGCCAACACUGUCAGACUGCCCCCAACCACACUGGAGGACUUUGACCUCCCUCCCUUAGUGCUGAGGAGGUUCUGCAGUGAUCCUGACUCCAUCCUCGACCCCACCUCCACGGGGGGAACCAUCUGGUGUCACGUCCUGCCCAGCAUGAAGAAAGGUCAGAUUAUCACCAUCAGCCGUCAGCUGCCCUUCAGGACCUACAGAGACCUACAGAACCACUGGAACAGCCUGUAUGGUUACAGACUCCCCGAGCUUGCGGAGGAGGAGGUGGUUUACUGCAGCGUUUACUUCAGACUGGUGGGAGAGAGACUCUUCACGUAUCCCCUGAGCUGCAUCCGCCUGCAGCCGGUGCAGCGCUGCCCCCGGGCGGACCUGCAGGGGGCGCUGGGCUCCUUCCUGUCGGCCAUCAGGGAGACAGUGCAGAGUGUGUGUGGCUUCCCCGCACGCCUGGCCAGCAAACCCUGUUACCACACAGCCAGUCUGAACACUGCUGCAUCAGUACGGGUGUUGACCACUUUGUCCUCCGUCAGGCCUGUCCUCACACAGCUCCCUGCUCCUCCUCCUCUCCGACCUAAGAGGUCCUCCUUUGGGUCACAGCCUUCAGUCCGGACCCCUCUCUCCCAGCAGGCCGGAGCUCCGGGGCUUCUGGGUGAUGGAUAUGGAUUUGGGGGCAGUCUGACUCAGAGUCAGGGGUGUAGAGGAGACGGAGACUGGCCCUCGUCGUCGUCCUCCUCGUCCGCACAUGUUUCUUUCUCCUUUUCCGAUUCCUCAGGUUACCAGUCAGCUCCUUCCCUCUCCUCUUCCUCUUUUCUCCCACUCUUCCAGCAGGCUUCAUCCCUCACCUCCUCCUCCUCGCUCUUCACCCCUCCUUCUCCCCAGUGUCAAACCUCGAUGAACCCUGCUCUUAGACCGGUUCCCGUCUUCAAGAACAGGCAUCCAUCGCGCCACCUCAAUGUCGCCCUGCUGCGGGUGCAGAAGCAGAGGGAGCAUCUGAGCGGAGGAGGUGAGGAGAGGAGGAGGGUGACGCUACCUGCCUUUGGGAAGAACAGACCCGCCACUGCUCCGCCAUCUGCUUCUUUUGCACCCCCCCCAAUUCUCCCUCCGCCAACCAUUCCUCGCUUCAGCCGUCGCCCCAAACCUCACAGCAGCACCACUCCUCAGCCAUCGGCUCACCCCAAAAUCAAGCUCAUCCCCGGCCUGGGUCCUGCGUCAAAGACUAAACCCAGGCUUAUCCUCACUCCAAAGCCGGGGAUGAAGCUUAAAUCGAGGUCCAGCCACAAAACCGGCUCGGGAAGCAGCACUGUUGCUAAUUCCAGCCAUAAAUUGCAGGAAAAAGCAACGAAACAACCCUCAGCUGCACCACCGGAGCCUCCUCAGCCUCUGACAUCUUCAGAUAUGUCCAACAAGGAUACCUCCGACAGCAGCAGAGGGGGAGUUGUGUUCCAGUCAAAGCCGAAAAAAUCCAGAGCUGCGAUUCAAGACGUGGAUGUGGAGAAAAUGGCCAGAAAAGACCAGGUCAGGACACAUGCUGAACUUCAGCUCUCCUUUCUUGCUUCCUCUGGUGUUUCGUGUCGGCGCCGCUGCACCGCUUGCGUGCGUGGGCAGGUGAAGAGUUCCGUCCGAGCUGAACUCUGUGACUCUGGUGGCCUGGUUGAGAGGAAGAGGAGCGCUGGUCGGUGCCAACCACCAGAAGGAGGAGCUGAUGCCGAAGGUCGUGGGCUGUCUGGCCGAGGCCUGAGACACACACACACACACACACACACACACACACACACACACACAGACACACAGCAUAUCUCACUUUGGAGUAAUAACGCAGUGCUGAGCUCUUCGUGUAAGGAUUUGAUGUCAAAUCUGGCCAUCUUAUCAGUCUGUAUCAAGGAGCUCUGGAACAGAUGAGAGCAUCUCAUCCUCGCUAAUUGAGAUGCAGAAGAUUUGCCAGAAUUAAAUUCUCAUGUCGGAGAAAGUCACUGUCGGGUCCACAGGAAGUGACAAAUUGAAACUACAAAGUAAAACCCGGACUGUUUGAAGUUUUUUUUCUUCUCUCCCAUAUCGUUUGGUUUUGUAUCACAGAUUGUUCAGGUUGAUCGACAGUUUAUAUCACCUUACAGGGGCUCUGGGCCAUGAGGUUUACAUUUUUCAAUUGGUUCCCCCUCAGUGCGGCUCGGAACCGUCUGUUGUUUAUUGAAUCAAACUUUGAGCCGUGGGUGUAGUUCCGUUGUACACAAGGUUUGUCAUGUUUUUUCUUUAUUUAUUGCUUUCAAAAAUUCAAAGGAGUUUUCCACUUUUCAGACAUGCAGGCAUUAAAAUAAACCACGUUAAAAGGUAUAACAUUAGGCAGGUAAUGUAUGUAAUUCAGGUUUUGAUGACCGAAUCCAUUUUUUUU